UUAGUGGAGUACAACAUUGCAAUGCAUCGUGCGGCUUUGGGAGUGAGUGUGUCUCAAUCCUCAGCCACUGAAUGAAGCAUCCUCAGGAGUAGGGGCAGCAAAAAAAGUGAAGGGCUGCUGGGCCAAAAUCUUGCCUGCUGUGGCAGAGUCUAAGACUCUGGACAAGUCAUCCUCAUGCCACUUGUAAAUAACAAAGUGGGCGAUGAUUGCACAGUCGGCACAGAUAAGGCUUUGGUUGAUGGAAAGGCUCUGGUGGAUUCUCUGAUAAAGGUGGUGGCAUGUUACCGGCACUUGGCCUCAUGUGUCGGUGGGUGCACAGACAGCUUGCAGCUGCGGGAUGAGUUGCGCCAAACACGAGAAAAGGCCCAAAAGUUGGCCGUGGCCAUCUGUCAUCAUCUAACCUCACACCUCCGAGACAAGAACCUGCCUGAAGAGCAGCGUAAGGAGAUGGAGCUCCUCUGGGUGGCUUUCUCCUCCAGCCUAGAGCUUCUCCAUGUUGACAUGUGCAAAGUUUUUAACAUGGUUAACAUCUUCUCUCUGGCCAGUGCUAACACCCUGGUGCAGACUGGUCUACAAGGAGGAGGCAGUGAGGUAGCAGCCCGGGCACUCAGUCUGCCAGACCUGAACCAAGCUCUGAGUCCAACCCUCCCUGAUGGCCUAGAAAACCAGGAGCACAGCGCCAUGGAGCAGGAGAUCAACCAAAUUGACCACAUGAUCGAAGACAUGGAGAUGAAAGUGAACGUGUUGCGCUGGAUGGUGGAGCCCCAUGGGCCACAGUACGCUGACCCGCUCAGCAGCACCGACAGCGCCUCCCUGGCUCUGCUCUCUGUUGAUGAGGAGCAGCCUGGACAGCAGCCUCUAUGCCAGCGCAAUCAAAUAAUUGCUUUCUUAGUGCUGUGUGCUGUUGUUUUGGUGGCAGGAGCUUUAUCUGUCUGUAUUGUCUUAUUUCCAUGAACAAAACUUUAAUACACUCAACGUAUUAUUUUUUCUUCUGUAAAACCUCCAAUGCUCCAUUAUAGCACUGUAAAAGUUUUGAAAUUACAGCGGUUUUAUCUUUACAUAUUACCCAGAAAAGGUUUUUAUUUUGUAAUAACAGCUAAAUUACAGACA